AUGGGUUACCUCGAAGAUGAAGACAAGCAGUACCUGGAAGAGGUCCAGGCUGUGAAGAACUGGUGGAAGGACUCUCGAUGGAGAUACACCAAGCGCCCCUUUACUGCUGAGCAAAUUGUGGCCAAGCGUGGAAACCUGAAGAUUGAAUACCCUUCAAAUGCUCAGGCUAAGAAGCUGUGGGGGAUCGUGGAGAGCAACUUCCAGAACAAAGAAGCUAGCUUCACCUAUGGCUGUCUCGAGCCCACAAUGGUCACCCAGAUGGCCAAGUACCUUGACACCGUCUAUGUCUCCGGCUGGCAGAGCUCUUCCACUGCCUCCUCUACCGACGAACCCUCCCCCGAUCUUGCAGAUUACCCUAUGAACACUGUCCCCAACAAGGUCAACCAGCUUUUCCUUGCUCAGCUGUUCCACGACCGGAAACAGCGUGAGGAGCGUGUCACCACGCCCAGGGCCCAGCGCCAAAGUGUUGCCAAUAUCGACUAUCUGCGCCCUAUCAUCGCUGAUGCCGAUACCGGUCACGGUGGUCUUACCGCUGUGAUGAAGCUCACCAAGCUCUUCAUUGAGCGUGGUGCUGCUGGUAUUCACAUCGAGGACCAAGCUCCUGGCACCAAGAAGUGUGGCCACAUGGCUGGAAAAGUGCUUGUGCCCAUCAGCGAACACAUCAACCGCCUGGUCGCCAUCCGUGCGCAGGCCGACAUCAUGGCAACCGACCUUCUAGCUAUUGCUCGUACUGACUCUGAGGCCGCUACCCUCAUCACCUCUACCAUCGAUCACCGCGACCAUGCCUUCAUCCUUGGCUCAACCAACCCCAACCUCCAGCCCCUCAACGACCUCAUGGUCACCGCCGAGCAAGCCGGCAAGAACGGCGCUGAGCUCCAGGCCAUUGAGGACGAAUGGGUCGCCAAGGCAGGCCUGAAGCUCUUCGGCGACGCCGUUGUCGACGCCAUCAACAAGAGCCCUCUCCCCAACAAGCAGGCUCUCGUUGAGGAGUUCCGCAAGACCUCCAAGGGCAAGAGCAACUCCGAGGCCCGCGCCAUCGCCAAGGGCAUCACCGGCACCGACAUCCACUUCGACUGGGAUGCUCCCCGUACUCGCGAAGGAUACUACCGCUACCAGGGCGGUACCCAGUGCGCCAUCAACCGCGCCGUCGCGUACGCUCCCUUCGCCGAUCUCAUCUGGAUGGAGAGCAAGCUCCCCGACUACGCCCAGGCCAAGGAAUUCGCCGACGGUGUCCACGCCGCUUGGCCCGAGCAGAAGCUCGCCUACAACCUUUCCCCCUCCUUCAACUGGAAGAAGGCCAUGCCCCGCGACGAGCAAGAAACCUACAUCAAGCGCCUCGGCGCCCUCGGCUACUCCUGGCAAUUCAUCACCCUGGCCGGUCUGCACACAACCGCCCUCAUCACUGACACAUUCGCCAAGGCCUACGCGAAGCAGGGCAUGCGCGCCUACGGAGAGCUCGUACAGGAGCCCGAGAUGGCUAAUGGUGUCGACGUUGUCACGCAUCAGAAAUGGAGUGGUGCCAACUACGUCGACAACAUGCUCAAGAUGGUUAGCGGUGGUGUGAGCAGCACGGCGGCUAUGGGCAAGGGUGUUACUGAGGAUCAGUUCAAGUCAUGA